GACUUUGCACGGCCGUCUCUCCCCCGUCCGCUGCGCUCGCCUCACUCAGCUGCCACCGCCACCAUCCAGUGCUGGCACUGCUGCUCCUCCCAAGGCCGCCGCGCCAACCUACCCUCUCGACUUGACCCGCUGGCUUCACUCGACUUCAGCCACCAUGUCUCCCGCACUAGUCAUGUCUCACUCCAACGAGUCUUUCGAACAUGAAUAUCACAAUGUACCUUCUCCCAAGUCCGACCGUCCACAUUCUAUCGACCUCUCCCUCGCUCUAGAGCGCGAACUCGAGAGCGAGUCCAUGCCUAACUCGCCUGCGAGGCCAGAUAAUAAGGGCGGGCGGCCACAGUCCUUGGACACCAAUGUCCUCGCGUCCAUCGUGACCCAGCUCCGGAUGAACCUAGAGGAAGUGACUAGGGAGCGCGACUCCUUCAGGAACGAGCUCGCAGAGACGAACUCCAGGGAGCAGAACUUGAAGGACGCGCUGCAGAGCGUAACGGACAAGUGUUUGCGCGCCGAGGCUGGGCUCUCCGCGGCGCGGGACAAGCAUCAGGAAGAUGAGGAAGCAAUCGCUAUGCUGCGUCAGAAGGUCGAGGAGAGCAGACGCGCCUUGAUGCGCUUGCAGACCGAGAGCAGGCGCAGGAGCCAGAUAGGCAACCUCUCCGUCGACUUGUCGCAGCCAGGCUCUACCCCGAUGAACGGACCGCCGACAUCGAAGCGUGCGUCCUUUACUCCUCUGACCGGCAGUCCAGCGCGCGCAAGCCAUCGCCGGAUUGUGUCCCUCUCUGAUCCCGGCUUCGCGAGCGCCCCGCCGUUCGGUGACAACUCCCAAUGGGCGACCUCUCCAGGCUUUACGUCUCCCGAUCCCUCGCAGUCCAUCCGCAGUCCGCCACUUGCGGGAGGGCAGUCGAGGCGCAUGUCAGGAAUGUUCGGCUGGGGCUCUUCGCAACUGCCGGACGUCCCGUCGAUGGACAACUUCGAUAUAGAGAAUCUGCGCAAGGAGCUCGAGAAGUUGAAGGAACAGCUGGAGGAGACCAAGCACGAGCUGAGCGAAGCCCAGGAGGCACGAGAGGCCUCCGAGAGCUGUGUGCGCGCACUUCGCACGUUCAUCGCGGAGAAUAGCGUGGGCGAGCAGACGGCCCGGUCCACCAUCCGAGCUGCGACAAAGCCUGAUCCCACCCCUGCCACGGGCCAGGGCGCCGCCUCGCGAUGGGGCUUCAAGCUUUGGUCGAUGCCCGAGACACCCGCGAAUACCCCUGCACCGGCACCUCCGUCGGCGACAUCAAGCUCUGCAGCGCCAGUGACGCGCAAGCUGGGCGGGUUCUUCAGUCCCCGUUCGAGUAUCUCUUCGACGUCCAGCCCUGCGCGUGUCCUACAGGAGCCUCCUUACCAUGGCUCGGACACUUCGUCGAUUGCGGACUCAACGACGGAGCCUGUCAGUCCGGCCUCCUCGAUGCCUCAGACCAGCAUCCACGUCAAAGAUGCUGAGGGUGCCUCGCUCGAUUCGAUGACGCUGGCGGAGGUGGCGAAGCCAGUGGAGAUUCAUAUCUAGGUUCCGUCAACAGGUCUCGGACUUCAUGGAUUUGGAUUAUACGUAUGUUUGCGAUCACAGGCUAUCGCGACGGGAUUACGGCUUAUAUGGAUCAUCUGUAUAUUAUGAUACACUACAUCCACAGAUUUUACUACGUACGUUUUGAUGACCUAGAUGUGUACGAUCGCGCUCUUGCGAUUUCGUCUCGUACUGUACUAUACUGGACAAACGGUAUAUGACGUUGCCUUCACUGCAAUAUCAGCGAAGUUACUUCACAUGAGGCCUAUCAUUGACAGUGUUCGUGGUCCUGAUUCGUAUUGAAAGUUUGACCGAACACAUUGGCACCUUUAAU